AUGACAACUGUAAACAGUACAUUUACGCAAGAGUGUGAAACUGAACAAGAUUUAAGACCCGGAGAAAUGAGUGUCAACGAGUCAUUUAUUGAAAAUGAAUCACCUCCUUCUUAUAUAACAUUUCGGAAAGGUAGUAGCGUGAUUCCUGCAAUUUCCGAUCUACAACAAGAAUUUAAAACUCUUCAAAGCAGUUUACUUAACAGGCUUGAUUCCUGGCUCUCAAAAGAAGAAACAAAAUUUAAUACCCUUCUUAAUGACUUCGACGAAAUUAAAACUACGCUGAAAUUUAUCAGUGAUAAAUACGAUGAUUUAGACAAAAGAACUCAUGAUGUCAGCAAGCGCGUAUCUAGAAUAGAACAGCAGCUGAAAUCCACACCGGUUUUCGAGGCACGAAUCUCUGAAUUAGAAACUAAACUGGCUGAAUUUGAACAAAAAUCUCGAAAUUGUAAUAUUGAGAUAAGUAAUCUGCCUGAAAAACGAAGCGAGAGCUUAAUACAAAUACUGGAGAAUAUUGCUAAAGUCAUAAAGCAACCAAUUUCUACUAAAGACAUAGUUACAAUUCAUCGUGUACCUCAUAUGAACCCUAAGAUUUCACGCCCGAAGAACUCAACAGAGAUGGCGGAAGCUGUGGAGGCUGUGGAGACUGUGGAAAGCGUGGAGAGGGCGCGUGCGGGGCCCAGCUCGCGCGCCGAGCCCGGCGACCAGGACGAGCAGCGCCGCCACAGCCGCGACCCGCCCAUCGUCUUCCGCGACCUGGACGGCGCUGCAGAGUUCGAGGGGCUGACAAAGACGCUUGAGAAGGCGGAGCUGAGCGCGGAGGAGCGCCAGAGCCUGGACGAGCUGCAGCAGUACCUGGUGCAGGGCGAGGGCAGCUGGGUGCUGGGCGACGACUUCCUUACCUUCGUCGGUCGGCUGCUGUCGGAGCCCGGGCUGGGCGGCGAGGUGCGGUGCUGCGCGCUGCGCUGCCUAGCGGCCGCGGCGCUGCGCGACGACGUGUCGCUGCUGCUGCACCAGGACCGCCGCCACCACGCGCUGCUUGCCUACGCGCACCGCGUGGACGAGCUGCCGGCGCCCGAGCAGCACGCGCUCGCACUCUUCAUGUGCAACCUUUUCGAGCACACGUCGUCGGCUGAAUGGCUGCUGUACAUCAGCGAGUGGGAGGCCAACGGUCUUCGGCUCUCCAACAUCCGCGUCACCACCAAGGUGUGCGUGCACUGCGCGCUGAGCGAGCAGGCGCGGCUGCGCGACGCGGGCACCGCGCUGCUGUACAACGUGGCCACGCGGGAGGUAAAGACCGUGGUGUUCGACGAGGUGUGCGUGGAGCUGUGCAUGGCGGCGCUGCAGCUGCUGAGCGGUGCGGCGCCGGCGCUGGACGAAGAGACGCUGUGGCGCGCGUGCGCCGUCUUGGCGCGCCUGGCGCAGCACUCGCCCGACGUGCCGCAGCUCGUCGCCGUCGUGGGACCCGACCCCUCCGCACACAGGGGCACGAGCCCACGUGUGGACGAACAAAUUGAUCUAAUAAUGCAGAAAGUGAAGUGA